GGUUGGAGAUCUGCCACCCACACCCUGAACUUCGCAAGGCUUUGGAGGGGCGGGGUCUCGCGCCCGGUUAUUUGGCGUCCUCUCUUCUUCCCCCUCAACAGGGGCGAAACGUCUUUGGGCAAGAUGGGUCUCUACCGCGUCCGCGUGUCCACCGGGUCCUCGUUCUGCGCGGGCUCCAAUAACCAGGUGCACCUGUGGCUGGUCGGCGAGCACGGGGAGGCGGCGCUCGGGUGGCGCCUGCGGCCGGCGAGGGGCAAGGAGGUGGAAUUCCAGGUGGACGUGUCCGAGUACCUGGGGCGGCUGCUGUUUGUGAAAUUGCGCAAACGGCACUUCCUCUCGGAUGACGCGUGGUUCUGCAAUUGGAUCUCCGUGCAGGGACCCGGGGCCAGUGGGAACGAGUUCAGGUUCCCGUGCUAUCGCUGGGUGGAGGGCGACGGCGUCCUGAGCCUGCCCGAGGGCACCGGUCGCACGGUGGUCGAUGACCCUCAAGGUCUGUUCAAGAAACACAGGGAGGAGGAGCUGGCAGAGAGAAGGAAGCUGUACCGGUGGGGUAACUGGAAGGACGGGUUAAUUCUGAAUAUAGCUGGGGCCACAAUAAACGACCUUCCUGUAGAUGAGAGAUUUCUAGAGGACAAAAGAAUUGACUUUGAGGCCUCGUUGACCAAGGGGCUGGCAGACCUAGCCAUCAAAGACUCUUUAAAUAUUCUGACUUGCUGGAAAAGUCUGGAUGACUUCAACAGGAUUUUCUGGUGUGGGCAGAGCAAGCUGGCUGAGCGGGUGCGGGACUCCUGGAAGGAGGAUGCCUUAUUUGGGUACCAGUUUCUCAAUGGCACCAACCCCAUGUUGCUGAGACGCUCUGUUCGCCUUCCUGCCCGCCUGGAGUUUCCUCCAGGGAUGUGGGAGUUGCAGGCCGAGCUGGAGAAGGAGCUCCAGCAAGGCACACUAUUUGAAGCUGACUUCUCCUUGCUGGAUGGAAUCAAGGCCAACGUCAUCCUGUGUACCCAGCAGUACGUGGCUGCCCCUCUGGUUAUGCUGAAACUGCAGCCCGAUGGGCAACUCUUACCCAUGGUCAUCCAGCUCCAACUGCCACACAAGGGGUCCCCACCCCCACCGCUUUUCCUGCCCACGGAUCCCCCGAUGACCUGGCUGCUGGCCAAGUGCUGGGUCCGGAGCUCUGACUUCCAGCUUCACGAGCUGCACUCUCAUCUCCUGAGGGGACACUUGAUGGCUGAGGUCAUCGCUGUGGCCACCAGGAGGUGCCUUCCGUCUAUACAUCCUAUGUACAAGCUUCUCAUUCCACACCUGCGAUACACCAUGGAAAUUAACAUCCGGGCCAGGACUGGGCUGGUCUCUGACUUCGGAAUCUUCGACCAGGUGGUGAGCACAGGUGGGGGCGGCCAUGUGGAGGUGCUCCAGCGAGCAGGAGCCUUUCUAACCUAUAGCUCCUUCUGUCCCCCUGAUGACCUGGCUGACCGGGGGCUCCUGGGAGUCAAGUCUUCUUUCUAUGCCCAAGAUGCCCUGAGGCUCUGGGAAAUUCUCUCUCGCUAUGUGGAGGGGAUUGUGAAUCUCCACUAUAAGAUGGACGAGUCUGUGAGAGACGACAUUGAGCUGCAGGCCUGGUGUCGAGAGAUCACUGAGAUCGGGUUGCUGGGGGCCCAGGACCGAGGGUUUCCCAUCACCCUACAGUCCAAGGACCAGCUUUGCCACUUUGUGACCAUGUGUAUCUUCACCUGCACUGGCCAGCACUCCUCCACUCACCUGGGCCAGCUGGACUGGUACUCUUGGGUUCCUAACGCACCCUGCACAAUGCGGCUGCCCCCACCGACCACCAAGGAUGUGACACUGGAGAAAGUGAUGGCGACACUGCCGAACUUCCAUCAGGCUUCUCUCCAGAUGUCCAUCACUUGGCAACUGGGCAGACGCCAGCCCAUCAUGGUGGCUCUGGGUCAGCAUGAGGAAGAGUACUUCUCAGGCCCUGAGCCCAAGGCUGUGCUGAAGAAGUUCAGGGAGGAGCUGGCUGCCCUGGAAAAAGACAUCGAGAUCCGGAAUGCCCAGCUGGACUGGCCCUAUGAAUACCUGCGGCCCAGCCUGGUGGAAAACAGCGUGGCCAUAUGAGCACCCCCAGCCAUGGGUUGUUUCAGCCCUCUUCCACCAAACCCCAUCCUAUUCCCAACCUCCACCAUCCACCAAAUCACCUUUCCACUGUCCACACCCCCAUAAACAAAUCUGACUUUAGAUACACCACCUAGGGAAGUCAUUCCCAUUUCUUCCUCCCCACCCCUGCCCUUCCUCCUUGAUCAUUUGAUCUCCCAUUGAGCAGGUAAUAGCCACAUUUAUACAAACAGUUUCAAGAAUAGAAUAGGGUAUAAUACACAUUACUCCAUACCUUUAGAAUCAAGUAUGACUUUGAACUUAAAUAGAGUUUAAUGACAAGAAAAAUGGCAUUUUAGAUUAAGGAAAGAAAAGAAUUUAGUCCAAACUCCUAAAUCAAGGGCUUCCCCGGUGG